ACUCGGGUCCCGCCGCCUCGGGAGCCGGACAGCACUCGGGCCGCGCGCUCGCCUCCCCGCGCGAGCUCCCCAGGGCCGCCCCGCCAGCGCCGGGCCGGAGCGCGCGGCCGCCGAGCCGGGCGCGGGUGCGAACGGCCGCCUUUUGUGCGGCGGGGGGCGCCUGGAAGGGCGCGGCGGGACGCGCGCGGGGAGGCGGCCGAGGACGCCCCGCGUCGCGGGGGCCGGGGCGCAGAGCAUGGGCGGCGGGCGCUGGGCCGCGGCGGGCGCGCUGCUGGCGCUGGCCGCCGGGCUCCUGGCCGCGGGCUCGGCCAGCGAGUACGACUACGUGAGCUUCCAGUCGGACAUCGGCGCGUACCAGAGCGGGCGCUUCUACACCAAGCCGCCGCAGUGCGUGGACAUCCCGGUGGACCUGCGGCUGUGCCACAACGUGGGCUACAAGCGCAUGGUGCUGCCCAACCUGCUGGAGCACGAGACCAUGGCCGAGGUGAAGCAGCAGGCCAGCAGCUGGGUACCCCUGCUCAACAAGAACUGCCACAUCGGCACCCAGGUCUUCCUCUGCUCGCUCUUCGCGCCCGUCUGUCUGGACCGGCCCAUCUACCCGUGCCGCUGGCUCUGCGAGGCCGUGCGCGACUCAUGCGAGCCCGUCAUGCAGUUCUUCGGCUUCUACUGGCCCGAGAUGCUCAAGUGCGACAAGUUCCCCGAGGGCGACGUCUGCAUCGCCAUGACCCCGCCCAACGCCACCGAGGCCUCCAAGCCCCAAGGCACGACUGUGUGUCCUCCAUGUGACAAUGAGCUGAAAUCUGAAGCCAUAAUCGAGCAUCUCUGCGCCAGCGAGUUUGCCCUGAGGAUGAAAAUCAAAGAAGUGAAAAAGGAAAAUGGCGACAAGAAGAUUGUCCCCAAGAAGAAGAAGCCCCUGAAGCUGGGGCCCAUCAAGAAGAAGGAGCUGAAGAAGCUGGUCCUGUACCUGAAGAACGGGGCCGACUGCCCCUGCCACCAGCUGGACAACCUCAGCCACCACUUCCUCAUCAUGGGCCGCAAGGUGAAGAGCCAGUACCUGCUGACCGCCAUUCACAAGUGGGACAAGAAAAACAAGGAAUUCAAAAACUUCAUGAAGAAGAUGAAGAACCACGAAUGUCCCACUUUCCAGUCGGUCUUCAAGUGAUGCUCCCAGGGCGGGUUGGGGAGGGAGCCUGGGGUGGGGGGAGGGUGGGGGCUGAGCCGACACCCCCCGGGACCCGCGGCGGUUCACACCCCCUGCUCCUUCGAGGUGGAGGGCGUCGCACUCCAGUUGCUCUGCCCUUGGAGCACCCCCCCACCCCCUCCCUCCAUCCCCAGCCUCCAGACCCCAAUAUAGCUGAUAUUUACAGCUGCGGGCCCAGGUGAGGAAACCAUGUAGAUUAGGAAGCUUCUGAAGACCUCCUGUGUGGAGCAGCACGCCCCCGGGGGAAGGGAGGUGCAGGACCAUCCCAUCCAGAGACGCAGUCACUACCAAGGAAAACGCUGGCUGUAAAGAAAGCACGUGAGAGGCGGCAGCAAACGUUAGGUUCUGCCUCUCUCUUUGUGUCACGACAGAUUGCUUAUGGAUCUAUCAGCUAAUCUACACCUUUGGAGCUAGAAAGUUCUAACUGUUGGCAAGAUGCGUGGCUGUCAGUUCUAGAGGAGUUUCUCUUUCUGUCCCUUGUGGACAGAAACAGACACACACCCCGCUCCCCACCGAAGAUCCGUUCCAGAGAGUGACAGGUGUGGGAGGAGCUUGAGACGUAGGGAGAAGAAAGGGAGGGAUCUGCGUGGCUUGGUCGAGUGUCUGUCUUUGAUAGGAACCAGCCAGUCUCAGAUGCCCUGGAGGUGGUGACCAGCAGCCUCAGGUUUGAUCUCACCUCCUGACACGUGGAGGGCAGCAGGGGCCUGCCUUGGGGUGACGGGGGUGAUGAUUUGUAGACCGAGAAGGCAAUGGUUAGGGGUUUUCAAAAAACAGAGUUAAAGGAGAAAAACAGAAAUAACUUCAGUCCAGCAAAUUGCUAAUCUAGGGUGAAUUGUCAUUGGAUGAAGUGCUCAGUGUUCUAAUUCCCUUGUUUGGUCACUUCACAUUGUUUUAAAGCAACCAACAAACCCACUUAUUUUUCAAGAGUGUUUAAAAAAAAGUCUCCAUUGAGCAUUUGAAAAGGUGUGGUAAGACCGGGGUCUCUUGGUGCUUUUCAGGCAACUUUUGCAGCUGAGCGGCCGUCUCUCUGGGCGUUUCCUGUGGGAGGUGGUUUCUCCUGGGAGUGUAGCUGUGGGAGGUUCUGACCCCAGCACAACGCUAAUCAGAACUCACAGGACAUCCCAUUUCUGUCUUUCCGGUGAAGAAAUGGAGUUCUUUGAACCCCAUUGCCUAGAGGUCAGAGAAAUUCAGAAGAGCCUGCCUGCCUGUCCUCCUGCACUUAAAAAAUGUUGUGUUUUUUUGUUGUUGUUUUUUUUUCAUUUCUGCAGAGGGAAAGUUAAGCUACCAGGGUCCCCAUCCAAGGAGGGCAUUUAAAAGGCAAAGCAUCUGCGGAUUUCCCCCAGGGGCCCUAAGAUAAUUCGCAACGCCAUUGUGUUUAAUAAGUGAUGUACGUAAACCCAUUCACGGAAGCAACUUGACUCCUCUUGUUCAGUGUAUAGGAAGUAAUCCCCCCCCCCC